AUCGAAGUAGUUGUCGGAACACCACCGCGCAAGUUCUCAAUCAUGCCUGAUACCGCGUCGCCCUUCACCUGGGUCCCAUCUGCUGCGUCCCCAGCGUGUACACCACACUGUCCGUUACCGGUGUGGAACCCCAACGCCUCGUCGACUGCCGUCGACAUACACGCUAUUUUCAGUGUGUCUUACGGCUUUACACCUGACAACAUCAUGUUCGGAGAGUUCUACAACGACACAUUCGGCAUCGGCGGUGUCGCACUGCCUCAGCUCCCCGUUGCGCUUGUCGAUGUCAUUGACACCAUUUACGACGCGCAAACAUGGGGCAUCGUGGGCCUGGGAAGCCAGCUGCAAAAUCGCAAUGUCAAUGCGUCCGUAAUCCUCUGGGAAAACCUCUAUAGACUGGGCCAUAUCAGAAAGCGUCUCUUCAGCGUUUGGCUAAACCACCAAGACGCAAAAGAAGGCACCAUUCUCUUCGGCGGCGUGGACAAAUACAAAGCACGCGGAGCUAUGAAAAGGGUGCCUUUGACUUCUAUAAUACAGACGCCCCACGGCGACGACUUCACAGAAUGGUCUGUAAACCUGACCUCCCUCGCAAGACGGAUCGGCCAAGCCGGCAGCGAAGAAUCACUCCUCCGCACAACCUACAACGCCAUCAUCGACACCGGCUCUCCAAACAUGUACGUCCCGCAAUACCUCUACGACACCAUCGCCGCACCGCUCAAUGUCACAUUGCGCACGUAUCGCAACACAUCGUACGUGCCGUGUUCGCUGCGCUCCUCGCCCGAUUCACUCAACUUUACCUUCGCCGGCAAGGACGGUGCAGAUGGGCCGCAGAUUCGGGUGCCGUAUAGCGAGAUUAUCUACCCGUUUAGCAUGCCGGCGAAUCUAGGCGAGGUGAGGGGCGAGGACGGAACGGAGCUGUGCUAUUUUGGCGUGCUGUCAAAUAAUGGGUCGGGGAUAUUUUUGCUAGGUAAUUCGUUUAUUAGGAGUGCAUAUGUGGUGUAUGAUGCCGAUAAUCUGGAACUGAGGAUGGCGCAGUCGAGAUGGGCGUGA